AUUAGAUCCUUGGGUCCAGAGUAACAGUGACCACUUGGAUGAUACUUCAAGAGAUACCCAGGGCUUGGAUGCACCUUGCUCGAAGGGUCAGGAUUUUAUUGAAGCUAAAUUGGACGCUACAGAUAUGGAAGGUGCUCCUCUGGAUUACAAAAACUGGUGCGACGCUGAAUCAGAACUUUCGCACAAGACAGCUGGGAGUCCUUUGGGCCCAAGUGCUGCUGCUGCUGCUGCAGAGGAUAUUAGACCUUUAGCAAGUACUAUGGGUGAUGCUCAGCAUUUGGCCAGUCUUGUAGCAGCGAUAAGGGCUCACCAUAGGGCCCCAGUAGGUAAUGAAUAUAUUGAUGGCAUUUCUCAAGGUAGCCCAGAUAUGGAGUUUACUCCAGUUGACAAUCCACACUCAGGGAGAAUGCUAGCGGAUAAUCAGAUCCCUGAGAAUACCUCCAGCGAUAGCCAGCACCUGGUAGACAGUCGGGAGUUAGCAAAUACACUGACAGAUACCUGUGAUCUAGAAAGUUCUCCCUCAGAUUCUCAGAACAUUAGUCCAGCUCCAUCCGAUACACAGAGCUUGGGCAGUAUUCCAGAGGAUAUGGACAGUUCCUAUAUCCCUGCUCCUUUAAGCUGUCCUACCCAAGCACUGGAUCAAGAGAAUUCCCCCAUGGAAGUCAAUGGAAAAACCUUCCCAUCCAGACAAAGUCCUAAAAGGAAACCUCACUUUAAGUACAGGGAGGUCUGUCACCCGUUCCAGAUGAGCCUGUGUACCAUUGUCUCCUUCAAUGAAUUCAACAGCGGAAAGCCGCUUUCUCACCCUCUCCAUCCAUCGCCGCAGUCUCCACCUUUCAGACUCCUCUUGGACAGGUGCCACUCCUUGCCCCUUUCCCAGAGCACGCCAAUGGGGCUGGAUCAGCUGGGCUGGAAGAGGAAAGUGUUGCUAAGUGCUGGAGCAGAGAGUGACUUGGGUUCCAAAACUCUGGAGGUGCGGCGUCGAGACGGCAGGAAUGGGAGGAGUCGAUGGAAACCCCUCAAGCCCGGAGCGGAGCAGCUGCUGCUCAGUAAACUGAUCAGUGGCGGUUCUAUUGUAAGCGCUGAGGCAGUAUGGGAUCACGUCACCAUGGCCAACCGGGAGUUGGCGUUUAAAGCAGGAGACGUCAUCAAAGUCCUGGAUGCCUCCAACAAGGACUGGUGGUGGGGUCAGAUUGAUGACGAAGAAGGAUGGUUUCCCGCCAGCUUCGUAAGGCUAUGGGUGAACCAAGAAGAUGGCGUCGAGGAAGGAACUAGCGAAGUACAGAAUGGGCACUUGGACCCAAACGCCGCCGACUGCCUCUGUCUCGGUAGAACUCUUCAGAACCGAGACCAGAUGAGAGCCAAUGUCAUCAAUGAAAUCAUGAGCACUGAACGCCAUUAUAUCAAACAUCUGAAGGACAUUUGCGAGGGUUAUUUGAAGCAGUGUCGGAAGAGAAGAGACAUGUUCAGUGAUGAACAGCUGAAGAUCAUCUUCGGCAACAUCGAGGACAUCUACAGGUUUCAGAUGGGCUUUGUAAGGGACUUGGAGAAGCAGUACAAUAACGAGGACCCGCAUCUCAGUGAAAUUGGGCCGUGCUUCCUGGAGCACCAAGACGGCUUCUGGAUCUAUUCCGAGUACUGUAACAAUCACUUGGAUGCGUGCAUGGAACUCUCCAAGCUGAUGAAAGAUGGCCGGUACCAGCACUUCUUUGAAGCAUGCCGUCUCUUGCAGCAGAUGAUUGACAUCGCCAUUGACGGGUUCCUUCUGACCCCUGUGCAGAAGAUCUGCAAAUACCCCUUGCAGUUGGCAGAACUGCUGAAGUACACUGCCCAGGACCACAG